AUGAUUGAAAUUGAAAAAACGGACAGUAAAAGGGAAAGUUCACUCUAUUUAGCUCAUCAUCCGGUUAUUCGUGAAGAUAAGAAAACGACAAAACUGAGAAUUGUUUUCAAUGCUUCUCAAGCAGGCACUAAUGGAGUGGCACUAAACGAUGAACUUCUUGUUGGACCUUCAAUACAACCAGAUUUGCGACAUUUAGUUAUACAAUGGAGGUUGUCUAGAAUUUGUUUGACUGCAGACAUUAUUAAAAUGUAUCGUCAAAUUAAGGUUCAUGAGGAAGAUACCGACUUCCAAAGGUUAUUAUGGAUUGAUGCUGAAAGCCAAGAAGUCAAAGACUAUAAGCUUCUUCGAGUCACAUUUGGCACAGCAUCGGCUCCAUUUUUGGCUGUACGGACUCUCCAGCAAAUAGCAAUAGACGAAGGUCAUAAGUAUUCGUUGGCUGCUGAAAAGGUUCGUUCAAAUUUCUAUAUGGACGAUUUGAUGUGUGGAUGUGAAACAGUAACUGAAGGAAUAGAAAUUUAUAAGCAGAUGAAAGGAUUGCUAAAAGAAGGUGGAUUUGAAUUGCAGAAGUGGGCAAGUAACAAUGAAGAACUGAUGGAAAUUAUAAGAAAGGGCGAGAAAGAUAAUGAUGAACUAAGGCAAGAAACGAAAGAAGAGAAGAAUAUUAAAAUGGAUGAAGUCAUAAAGAUUCUUGGGCUAACAUGGGAAAGAAGUACUGAUAAUUUUAGAUACAAAGUAAAUCUUUUAGAACAACAGUCACCUAUUACUAAAAGGAAAAUUGUCGCUGAUAUAUCACGUUUGUUCGAUCCACUUGGUUGGAUAGCACCGUGUAUCAUAGUUGCAAAAAUUAUGAUACAGAGGCUCUGGGUUGCAGGUAUUGCCUGGGAUGAUGAAGCACCUGAAGAACUACUUAAAGAGUGGUGUCAGUUUCGAGAAGAACUUUGUAAACUGCAUGAUUUUCGGAUACCGAGAUGGCUAAGAACUAGUUUAGGUGAUGUCCAAACAGAAUUACAUGGGUUUUGUGAUGCCUCUAAAAUGGCAUACGCAGCAGUUGUCUAUAUAAGAAGGGUUGAUUCUGAUGGUAAUGUGCAUGUGGCUUUAGUUGCAGCGAAAUCUAAAGUAGCGCCCAUAAAACAAGUUUCGAUUCCGAGGUUAGAGCUUUGUGGUGCUGUUGAAUUGACACGGUUGAUGUUAGAUGUGGCCAAAGUCAUGAAGAUAGAAGUUAGUAAGCUGCAUGCAUGGACCGACUCUACUAUCGUGUUGGCGUGGUUGAACAGCUUGCCUAAUCGAUGGAAGGUAUUUGUAGCCAAUAGGGUUUCAGAAAUAUUAACUUCCCUGAACCCGAGUCAAUGGUCACAUGUCAGCACUGAUAACAACCCUGCGGAUUGCGCAUCACGGGGAAUAACCCCUUCAGAAUUAAUCGGUAAGGAUCUGUGGUUGAAUGGUCCAAGCUUUCUAUUAGAUAAAAACAUUAAAUAUGAAAAACCAGUAGGAAUAAAGACAAAUUUAGAAGCUAUCAAUGUUCAUUUUAUAAAGGAAGAGGAAGAAAUUUGGGACAGAUUCUCGUCUUUAAAAAGAAUGAUUAGAGUGGUAGCGUACUGUAGGCGGUUCUUACAAAUGAAAAAACCUAAAAUAGAAAGAUACAGAGGUUAUUUGAAAACUGAAGAGUUAAAAAAUGCACUAGAAGUAUGUAUUCGUAAGGAUCAAAGGAAAUAUUUCGGCGAAGAGAUAAAAAGCAUAAAAAGAGGCGAAAAUAUUAGAAAGAACAGUAUGUUAAAAUUUUUAAAUCCUAUGUUAGAUGAAAUGAAAAUAUUGAGAGUUGGAGGAAGAUUAGAUAGUUCGGAUUUGGAACAGUAUAGGAAACAUCCUAUAGUGAUGGCUAAUAAAUCAAAAUUGAGUCAAUCGAUUAUUGCUGAUGCACAUACACAAACUUUACAUGGAGGUCCGCAACUGACCAUAAACUACAUUCUAAACAAAUAUUUUAUAUUAGGAGUCAAAAGGUUAGUAAAGGCUUAUGUAAGAAAAUGUGUGGUUUGUGUUAAGAACAUCGGACACACUCAAAACCAAUUAAUGGGCCAGUUGCCCUCUGUAAGAGUUACCCCUGCACGUCCAUUUUUACGUAGUGGAGUUGAUUUCGCAGGUCCUAUACAAAUGCGCACAGCAAGAGGUCGUGGACAUAAGUCGUACAAAGGGUACAUUUGUUUGUUUGUUUGCAUGUGUACAAAGGCUGUGCACCUUGAGGCAGUAAGUGAUCUUACAGCACAAGGAUUUCUUCAGGCAUUUAAGCGAUUCGUGGCCAGAAGAGGGCGCUGUGAAGACGUUUGGAGCGACAACGGGACAAAUUUUGUUGGGGCUUCAGCGGAGAUCAAGAAAUUAUUUUUUCAUGAAAAGGCAGGUAUGCUGCCCGAGAUCGCAGAGAUGUUGGCAAAUAAUAAUACAACUUGGCAUUUUAUACCGCCACAUGCUCCCAAUUUUGGUGGUUUAUGGGAAGCUGCAAUCAAAUCAGCUAAAAUGCAUCUGAAACGCGUUAUCAGCACCUCUACUUUAACUUAUGAGGAAAUGUCAACGGUUUUGGCACAGAUAGAAGCAUGCCUUAACUCAAGACCCCUAUCGAGAUUAGAUACAGACCAGGGAAAUGUGGAUAUCUUAACACCGGGACAUUUUUUAGUAGGUGAACCUCUAAUUAAUGCUCCAGAUCAUAAUUAUGAGACAUCCAAUAUAAGCUCUCUUAGGCGAUGGCAGUAUACUCAACGUAUGAGUCAAGAAUUUUGGCGCAAAUGGUCUAGGGAAUAUUUGAACCAGUUUUUUCAUAGGUACCGAUGGUCAACCCAAACAACACAGCCUAAAAUCGGGGAUAUUGUUUUAAUUAAGGAAGACGGUCUCCCCCCAUGUCGUUGGCUCUAUGGUCAAAUAGUCAAAGAACAUCCAGAAAAUCCAUUCCGUCCAUACAGGUUCACCACCACUGCAGCCAGCUCCGAACAUCAGAUACGAAAAACAAAAUGCGGCGCGGACACGGCGCGUAGCACGCCUUGCACGCCCGAACCUGCGGCAUAG